CGUCCAAAUCCUAUUUACAAUCGAACUAUUUGAAGUUACUAUUUGACCGGUAUAUUAUUUGUUCGGUAGAAAUGGCAAAUUCUGUGUAUGGCACCGUUAUUAUUAUAGUUUUUUGUGUGAAUAAUGUUUUUUCAAAAUUGAAGCCCAUACCUGAUUACUUACAUAUUUGUCAUCGCUCAGAUCCGGACAUUCCAAAAUGUAUUAUAGAAUCAGCAUAUUUUUUAAGACCUAAACUUGCAGAAGGAAUUCCCGAAUUCGGCGUCGCCCCUAUGGACCCAAUGUUAAUUAACACUCUUAUUCCAACGGAUGGGAACGGGCUGAAAAUAGAGACCACCAAUUUAUUAGUCACCGGAACCAGAAAUUUUACAAUUAGCCAUCUUAUAGCUGACAUAGACAAACAGAAGUAUAAGUUUCAAGUGAGAUUUCCUCACAUGCACAUACUCGGUAAUUACAGCAUCGACGGAAAAAUCGCAAGAAUGAUCAUCAAAGGUCAAGGAGAUUUCGAUUUGGACAUAUAUGGGGUGAAAUGCAACGUAACGCUACUUGGAAACGUAAUCGAUAUCGACGGUUUGAAUUAUAUACGUUUCCAUCAUAUAUCACUUAGAAUUGCAAUAAGCAGAGGCAGUAUAGAACUAAGAAAUUUAUUCGGCGGCGAUAAGAACUUGGGUAAGAUAAUAUUGAAUUGAUUAUAAAAUAAUCUGUAAUUCGCACAACUCAUAGGAUGUGAACUAAAACAAUAUUGAAUACGCAUCAAAUCGUUUUAAAUAUUAAUUAUAAAUUGUAU